CUUUGAAAAAGAGAUAAAAAAAGAUGAUAUCCCAGUACUUGACAUUGAAGAAAGAGUAGAGGCACCCCAGCCACGAGAGAUGAUCGACAUGGAGGCUAAAUUUGAGAAGCUAGAAAAUGAGCUGAAAGAAGUGAACACCAAUGCAGAAGCCUUAAAGAAAACAUUCUUGGAGUUGACAGAGUUGAAGCAUAUACUUAGUAAAACUCAAAUCUUUUUUGAUGAGCAAGAACAGUCCUUAGAGACUGAAUCGUAUCAAGGGUUGUUGGUACCCUAUGAAAUUAGAGCUUCAGGUGGAAUCCUACAGUUAAGUUUUGUGGCUGGAGUAAUUCUGAGAGAGCGUUUACCAUUGUUUGAAAGAAUGCUGUGGCGCGUGUGUCGAGGUAACGUUUUCCUAAGGCAGAGUGAAAUUGAUGUACCCCUGGAAGAUUAUGUUACAGGAGAGAAGUCGAACAAAUGUGUCUUCAUAAUUUUUUUCCAAGGAGAACAACUUAAAACAAGGGUGAAGAAAAUCUGUGAAGGGUUUCGGGCUACUUUAUAUCCAUGCCCAGAGACAGCAGCAGAGCGAAGGGAGAUGUCAAUAGGAGUUAUGUCUCGUUUGGAAGACCUGAACAAAGUUUUGGAACAGACGAAAGAUCAUCGCUAUCGUGUGCUCGUUAAUGCAGCAAAAGAUAUUAAGUUAUGGAUUUCAAAAGUUCAAAAGAUUAAGGCAAUCUACCACACACUAAAUCUUUUUGAUCUAGAUGUGACUCAGAAAUGCCUGAUAGCAGAGUGUUGGUGUGCUGUCUCUGACCUGGACAGAAUUCAGCUAGCUCUACGCAGAGGAACGGAACGCAGUGGAAGUACAGUACCUUCCAUUUUAAAUCGUAUGAACACUCAAGAAACCCCUCCCACCUACCACAACACCAACAAGUUCACUCGUGGUUUUCAAAACAUAGUCGAUGCGUAUGGUGUGGCUGAUUAUAGAGAAGUUAAUCCAGCUCCCUAUACCAUCAUCACAUUUCCAUUUCUCUUUGCUGUAAUGUUUGGGGAUGCUGGACAUGGACUUCUUAUGGCACUCUUUGGUUUGUGGAUGGUUGUGAAAGAGAAAACUCUGUCAGCCAAAAAGUCAGAUAAUGAGAUAUGGAACACAUUUUUUAAUGGACGUUACAUAAUAUUACUGAUGGGGACCUUCUCCAUUUACACUGGUGUAAUUUAUAAUGAUGCUUUUGCUAAAUCCUACAACAUUUUUGGAUCUUCUUGGUCAGCCCCACCAAAAGAAGAUAAAGACCCAAAUCUUUAUCCAGAACACAUACAGCUGAAUCCACUGGAACACUUUAGUAACUCUUCGUACCCAUUUGGAAUUGACCCCGUUUGGCAAGUGGCAAGCAACAAAAUAUUGUUCUUAAAUUCAUACAAAAUGAAAGUUUCCGUGAUCUUGGGUGUUUCUCAAAUGUUGUUUGGUGUACUUUUGAGUUUUUUGAACCAUAGAUAUUUUCGCCAGCCAUUGAACAUUGUUUGUGAGUUCUUACCACAGUUAAUAUUUCUACUUGCAAUUUUUGGAUACCUCGUGGUACUGAUAUUUGUAAAGUGGGUCACUUUUGAUGCUUCCCAGUCUUCUUGUGCCAGUAGUUUGUUAAUCAUGUUGAUCAAUAUGUUCCUUAUGACCUAUCCCAAAGAUCCUUGUUACUUAAAAGAGAUGUAUAAUGGUCAGAGAUAUAUUCAAACCGGACUCGUCAUCAUUGCUGUUGUUUGUAUUCCGUGGAUGCUGCUGACAAAGCCCUUCGUUCAACUGUAUCAGUGGAAACAAAAGCUGCAUAAAAUGACUCAACAUUCACCAAUUGAAGAAAAUGCAGGUGAAAUUGAGGAUAGAGUGAACCAACAUCAUAGUGGAACAAGUCACGGUGAAAGUGAUGGAGAGUUUGAUUUUGGAAAUGUUUUUAUUCAUCAAGCUAUUCAUACUAUUGAGUAUUGUCUGGGUUCUAUUUCUCAUACUGCUUCAUAUCUUCGUCUUUGGGCUCUUAGCCUUGCUCAUGCUCAGCUGUCAGAAGUAUUAUGGACAAUGGUCAUGCGUAUUGGGAUUAAUGCUUCAUUGCAAUAUGGGUUUUUAAUGAUGUACUUUAUUUUUGCUGCUUGGGCAGUAUUGACAAUUGGAGUUCUCCUGAUCAUGGAGGGGCUGUCUGCUUUUCUUCACGCUCUUCGUCUUCACUGGGUGGAAUUUCAAAGCAAGUUCUAUGGUGGUGGUGGCUACAUGUUUGUUCCCUUUUCCUUCAAAGCCAUUUUGGAGAGUGCUGAAAAAGAAGACAUCUGAAGUAGAUAUGAACUUUAUUGACUUAUAAUUUUGCCACAUAAUUCGAAAAAAAGAUUUGUUUAUUGAAAUUUUUCAAAAGAACCUUUCAAGACAAAUAAAGAUGUGUUACUGCUCGGACAGGAUGACAGCAAACCUGGAAAAGCUAGGAAUUUGAAAAAGCAGUCAACAAAAAUUGUGCUCUCCCCCCAAUCUUAAAGUUUGCACAUACACACGCAAUUAAACCAUGCUGUUUAGCUAUGUCAGUAUACCUGAACAUAGUUUCUUGUCCUGUCACUCUGUUACCUUAUCUUGUGAUAUUUAUCUCAUUCAUUAUACUUGAUGAUAGGUUAGAUCAAAUAGUCUUAUACAUACAAAUACAACAUUUUAUUGCCUACCAUCAAGAUGAAAUGUUUUUGUUUUAGAAUCUUUAUCUGUGGUACUCUAGUAAGAAGUUUACCUUUUACAAUCACAUUACGUACUAAAAUAAUGGUAAUUAGAUAGAAUUGUGAAAGAAGUUUAAAUAUCAGUGUGAUCAGCUCGGCAAAAACGUGGAAUUUUGUUUGAAAAGUCCGGAAAAGAAAAAUGUGAAAAAAAUGUGAUUGCCUUAUCAGGAAUAUUUGUAUCAAGAUUGAUUGAUUAAAAACAGAAUGUAUUAUUUUCAAGUUUGAUUAUGUUUGAAACAUUGUAUUGUUUUAAGGAAAUUUGGUUUACUAAAAUUGUAUUGUUUCAUUAGUUCCAAAAAAAAACAUUACAUUGUUCUUAGGAAAUAUGUUUUACUUAAGAUGUAUUGUUUCAUUAGUUCCAAAAAAAACAAAAACGUUACAUUUGAUUUUAGCUGGAUGUGUAUGAAUACUGACCAUUUGUAAACGUUUUAGGUGAAAAGCUUGAAAAGUAGCUGGCAAUUAUAAAUCUUAAUAAAAUUGUAGGAAUACACAAGCCAGUAAAAAACAUUUUCACCUAUUUCAGACUGUAUCCUGAUCUCUUGUCUUUAUAUUAUUUCAAUAGAAAAAAAAUUUGAUGCAAUGGCAAAAAAAAUAUAUUUUUUUUAACCUUGAAUUUUGCAUGUAUUUUAUUGAUUGCAUGUACUGGAAUUAAUGUUAAAAAUUUUUACAACCACACUUUACUUAUUAUUAUUAUUAUUAACAUACUGAUUAUAUUACUUUUUGCCUGAAAAUUCCCCGUCUCUAAACGUUAUCCAGUUGAGAAUCAAAAUUAAAACCUUUCAUCAUAACAUAAAAAAUAUACAGUUUUUAUUUCAAUUGAUCUUCAUAGACAAUUGUUGAAAAUGAACAAAUCAUGUUUUCUCAUCAAUUGUUAUCAUUGUUAGAACAACGUAUAAAAGAUAUUAUUUUGUGUGGGAAAAAAAAUGUGCUUAGAGAUGACUUAUUGGUGGCUAAAUUAAUCUUCAGUCGUGUUUGUUUGUUUGUUUAAAGGAUGUAAUCAAGAACAAUUGUAACGAGGCUAUUAUAGAGUCUUGUAUUUAAUCUGAAUACCAUACUUACCAAAGGUUUGUGCACCGUUUUACAAACGGAAUCCAUCAACGUUUCUAUUACCUUACAAAUUACCCGCGAAUUAUUAUUGAUGUGAAUUUUUUUCCCUAGAUUUUCCCCGUUUUAUUUGUGAAUAAUAAUAAAUUUUUCUUAAUUAGUCACUUUGAAAAUAAGAAAUUAUACGGUUUGAAGCUUGUGAACACAAUUAUAUUACCAUGUUUAAUAAUAAACAUGUGUUCCAUGUUUGCUUGCAACAUGUUUCGAGCUUUUAGUGUACAUGCAUUGUUAACCGUAUUUUUGAAAUAAAGUUUUCCAAUAUAAUGUGUUAGACAACUUUGAAGGA